GCUAAACAGGCCCUCAUUCAGUGGAGCCCUCUGGUCCGUAUUACACAGGCCCUCAGAGUAGAUGUGCACAAGGCUCCGUUCUGCUGGCAUGCUGGGAACACAGUGAGUAACCUGAUUUUCCUUCUACCUCCAAUCUAUGGUGCGAUUCAGACGUAUAAAGAUGGCCUUGAAAAACGAUAUAUAGCUGCAUUUUUGUGUCUCACAGCUGUUGGAUUGGGAUCUUGGUGCUUCCACAUGACCCUGAAGUAUGAAAUGCAGCUAUUGGAUGAGCUGCCAAUGAUAUACAGUUGUUGUGUGUUUGUCUACUGCCUGUAUGAAUGUUUCAAGCACAAGAACACAGUCAAUUAUCCUCUGCUUUUUGUAUUAAUAACUUUGAGUUUCAUAGUCAGCAUAAUUUACCUAAAUUUGAAAGAGCCUGUAUUUCAUCAGAUUAUGUACGGAUCACUGGUUUCUAUUAUAGUACUACGGUCUGUAUAUAUUGUAUUGUGGGUAUACCCGUGGCUUAGGGGUCUGGGCUAUACAUCCCUAAGUGUGUUUUUAAUGGGAUUUUUUUUUUGGAACGUAGACAACAUUUUCUGUGAUAAAUUGAGGGAAUUACGAGAGAAGAUGCCUCCAGUUGUGGGAGCCGUGACUCAAUUUCAUGCUUGGUGGCACAUUUUUACGGGCCUUGGCUCUUACCUUCAUAUCCUACUAAGCUUAUACACAAGGACACUCUUCCUGAAGUACAGGCCAAAGGUGAAGUUUGUUUUUGGAAUAUGGCCUAUUCUCCUGGUGGAACCUCCCAAGAAGCACUGACUGAGCGAUCCAGCCAACUAAGUGUGACUACUGGCUGAAUAGAGCAAUUCCAUUGUUGUUGACACCAAUGUGUCAAAAUUAUGUAUCAGCUCAAGGGUUCAGUGGCAGUAAAUAGACUUCUCUGUAUUACUGGUAUUGUCAGGCACAGCACAGAUUGAAGAGUCAGCAUGUUAAGGGAAGAAUAAUGUUUAGAACAGUUUUAUUGUUAAGAUGUUAAAACAAAAUUAAGACACAAUAUGUUUGUGUAUAUAUUGUAUAGCUGAAGAUAUUGGGCUAAUAUUUUGUGCUGGUCACAGAAACCUUACCAUUUUUUGAAAUGGGUUGCAUAUGUUUUCAUUCAGUUGUUGGUCUGGUCUGUGGUUUAAACUAAUUAGUAACUGAAUUAUGAAAAUGGUAGGUCAAGUGAUGGCCAAUCUAAGUAUUUAGGGGGCCUAUUGUGAACUGAAUCCUUCCUCUGAACUAAGUUAAGCUUGCACUUUUAUAAAGUUUAGUGGGGUAUAUAAUUAUUUAGGGCUCUCUCUCUCAGCUUAUGUGUUAUUAUUUGCAUUAUGUAAAGAGUGGGAAGCAUAGAGAAAUUGUAUUAAAUUAGGCCAGGCUUCCGUUUCCUUUUCUGGAUGUGGGACACAUCCGGAAUGCUUUCCAGCAGUGCUUGGGGGCAGGGCACACCAGUGAAAUGGCUUCAGGACCUUUUUAAAAGGGGUUUAGAGUCACUUAGACAUUCUUGCUGUGACUCGGAGGAAACUUGAAUAUUGUCCCAAGUUGUCCUAACCUAUGUGUGAAUCCAAGAGGCCAUUUCUGGGUAUUCUGCAUAUCCCUAGCAAGUACUGAAUUCUUGUAUCUAACCCUUCUUUCAUUUUACAGAUCAUUCAUGCUCACAGAUUCACAGCUACUUAGUACAUGGUAGUCUAGCUAUAAAUUCUCCCUGUCCCCCAUAUUUUACAGCCUUACUAAUAUUUGCCUGAUUUUCAGAGGUGCUAAGUACCCUUCAUUCCCCUCUGACUUCACUUGGACUGAAGAGUGCUCAGUACUUAAAAUCAGGCCUUUUUUUGGUCUGGUCUCCUCCGCAUAAUUGAUAACUAGGAGGGGCAGCUUCUGUGAACCCUCAGGCAAGUCCCCCCUCCUCUGAGUCCUUAGAGCCAUGCAGAACAGUGAUCUAGUGGUGAUUUAAAGGGCCCGGAGCUCUGGCCACUGCGGCUAGGUGCCCCGGGUCCCUUUGAACUGCUGGGCCCCUGUUCCCUCCCCAUGCCCCCGCCCUCCGUUGGCAGGCCUGACAAUAUUCUGAGGCUAUGUCAACACUGUACUGCUGUAAGGUGUCCCAUGUAGCUGCUCUAUGUUGAUGGCUGAGAGCUCUCCAGUCAACAUAAUUAAACCACCCCCAAUCAGUGGUGGUAGUGGUGUCAGGUCAGUAUCUCCCAUCGACAUAGAGCUGUCCACACCAGCGCUGCUGCUGCUGUAACUUUUUUCAUACCCUCGGGAAACCAUAUGUUAUGCCAACGAAAGCACUAGUGUAGACAUAGCCAAAGUCAUUCACCUCUUUUUUUUUUUUCUUUGAUUCACAUAAUACUUGGAAAGUUUGAGACAACUCCUCAGAAUACCCUUCCUUUGCUUUGGCUCAACCUAUGGAUCCUUGUCAGGGUAAGGGAUCUCCCAUCCCAGGUGUCUGUGUUUUGUUCACCUUGUUUAUUAAUUUAUUAUGUUUUAAUAAACAUAAAGGAAAUACUUAAACAACGAAUAGUCUAGAAGCACCUUAAAGACUAACAAAACUUGUAGAUGGUAUUAUGAGCUUUCGUGGGCACAACCCACUUCCACAACAGCUCAUCAUACUAUGUGUUUUGUUAGUCUUUAAGGUGUUGCUAGACUAUUUGUUGUUCAGUUACAGACUGACACAGCUACCCCUCUGAAGAUAAAGGAAAUAGUUCAAUAUCCUAUUAACUGUGCCCCAGAUUUAAUACCUGGAUUUUAGCCCUUUAAACUUGAGAGGAAGGGGCUCUCCCAGUUCAUGUUAGAAGGCUCUCUACAUACACAAUAGAGAAUGUGGCUUCUCUGAUCUCAUUUGAAGAACUUUAUUUUUUCUUAUAUUCUCUCUUGCCCUGUGUGAUCAUGCAAAAAGGAAAUCGCUGGGAAUGUUUUGGAAAUUCCUUAUACACGUAGUAAGUGCCUGCAUAUUUCCAAGAGCAGCAGGAUAUGGUAAUGCAUCUGUAACACUGCUUCAAAGAUCUGCAAAGUCUUGGACAUGUAACUUUUUUGUUUUACCUCUUCAAAGGUUAGAUUAGACCCGUGAUGUUCAAUCAAUGCAAACCAAAAUAGUUUCUUUUUAAUGUGUUUGUCUGUCUGUCUGUAAUUUACCUACACACUUUGAGCCUUCUCCUGGACCACUAUCAGUAUAUGCAUGGUGGUUUGACUAGCAAUUGACAGCUAGCUUGCAGUCUGUGUAAACUAGAUCUGCACCUUAAACAGACCUAAAGCCAUGGGUCAGGAAAACAUCUUUAUUCAGGAAGUCAAUGGGUAUUAAGCAUGGACUUUCCUUAGUUGUGCACCUUGAUUAUGUUGGGGAAAAAAAUCAUUUCCGAGAAGAGCUUUGCAGUUGAUUUAAAAAAUACAACUGAAGAGGGUACUUCUCUCCUCCAACUCCCCACAGUAAGCCUGUGCCCUGCCCUUGAGUAGGAAUGCUUUUGGUUCCAUUUGGUCACCUGUGUCACAAAUGGGAUUUAAGCACAUGGUUUGCUUAAUUAGGCCCAGUUCUGCUUUGUAUCUGUGGCGUGGAGAACAGAUCAACAGUCACUGAUGGCCUCCUGGUUACUUAAUAUUUUUUUAAACUUUUUUUUUUCAGUGGCCUUAUUUUUCUUGUUGCAGUUGUGAGGGUUCUGUAUUUUGAGGAAUUAACCUGUGUAUGGGCAGUAACUAUCAUGUGCUCAAAGCCAGUUUCCUGAUGAAGAGAUGUCUGUGUGCUUGCAUAAGAUGCGAGAAGCAAGAGAGCACAUUCCUUUUCAGAUCAUGUAAAUUUACUUUGUUGGAGUGUCAAAUAAGUUUUAACAUGUCUUGUCUGUCUGUGCUUCUUGCUCAAAAAGGCAAAACCAGUUUGGGAGGGGGGGGUUAUUGUUAGCUUAACAUUUUGCAAGGUGGCUUAUUCUUUCACUUUAAGGAGCCAAACAUGCACUUUUCCUCAGGAGCAUCUCCAAGACAUUGCCACUACAUUCAGAAUGUAAUUGAGACACACAAACCUCUAAAUACAAACAGUAACCGAAAGCUAUGGGUGUGUUGGGAAGCACUACCUUACAAAUUGUAAGUCAUAUUGAAAAUGUCAGGACAGAAUAAAUUUUAUUUUCUUGUUACAAACAUGAAA